AUGUUUUCAGAGUUCCUCCGGAGCGAUGAUGAAUUGACGGCAUUGGAAGGAAAUGACCGAGAGAACACCUCUGGAGCUCCAGUUAUCACUUCACCGCCAAAAGAUGUCUCCUUCGCUGUUGGAACAGCAAGUUUGAGGCUCAGUUGUAUUGCUACGGGAUUACCGACGCCUUCUAUAACAUGGCGAUUCAACGAUAGAGACAUCACAUCGGAUUCAACCAAAUAUGACGUCAUCGCUGAUAGCUUGAUAAUCCACGAUCUGAAGAAAUCAGAUAGUGGCAGCUAUAGUUGUAUAGCGAGGAACAACAAUGGAAUGACGAGCGCGACAGCUAGAGUGACGUCGACAGAUAGAGACAUCACAUCGGAUUCAACCAAAUAUGACGUCAUCGCUGAUAGCUUGAUAAUCCACGAUCUGAAGAAAUCAGAUAGUGGCAGCUAUAGUUGUAUAGCGAGGAACAACAAUGGAAUGACGAGCGCGACAGCUAGAGUGACGUCGACAGGUUCGAAUCUGAUCGAAUACGGGCCAACCAAUCAGAGCGUCGUAAUUGGCACAAACAUCAUGAUUCCAUGCGAAGUUAGCCCGGAAUAUAAACAAAAUGCUCAGUUGAUGUGGUUCAUCAAUGACGAACCAAUUCCAAUUAAUGGAAAUCCGGGACUACGCCUUAGUCGCGACAAAAAAGGCGGACUUCUCAUACAACAAGUGGGACCGGACAGUAUUGGAGAGUAUCGAUGUACAGUGAUGGCUGAUGGACGAGAAGAAAGCGCGUCAGCGUUUUUGCGAAUCAUUGAACGACCGCAAAUGCCAACGUUUGUUCGUGCUGAGCUCAUCAACACUACCUUACCGGCAAAGAUUCGUGUUUCGUGGGUGGAGGGUUUCGAUGGGAAUUCGCCAAUCAUCAAGCAUUCUGUCGAAAUGCGAACGGUUGGCCCAACGCAGUUGUGGAGCGACUGGGAGACUGUCGUUGAUAAUGUACCCACGAGGAAUGCUGUUCUGUUCUUAUCGAUAAUCUACGACCAUCGGUAA